AUGGCUCCACCCCCACUACUCUGGGGUCCCUGCCCAGGGAACCUCAGAACCUCAGUGGGCUCCCCAGACUUCCAUCUCCCGUCCAGUGUCAGCUCACCCACAAGCUAUUUCAACUGUCUCACUCCCCUUCCCACCCCUGGUUUUCCCUUCCAGAUGAGCCCAGCAACCCCAGAGCCAGGCUUUUCCCGUUGCUUUCCUGUACCAGCUGAAGCCACAGGGACCCUAGGCAGGUUAAUGAAAUGCAUUGGCCUUGAGGGCUGGCUGCAGGUUCAUCUUCCCCUAGCCUCUAGGAUCCCUGCCUGGACCCCAGGCACAGACCAGCCCUAG